ACUUUCAAGGAAAAUAUUUAGAAUCUUUAAUCUUCUGCUUUUGAAUUCUGCAUCAUAUCACUCCAGUCCCGUAGGAGAGGUCAUUAAAGGUUGCGCAAGGUGACAUCUUUUCUUCUUUUCAGUGCUAAUCUUGAUAAGUAUUAACAUCGAUCGUCUUAUCACUUUGAAAGGACUAGCCAAUAGCCAUGGCCAUUGCUGAUGGAAGUGGGGCUCUGCCAUCAAGGCUUGAGGGAAAAUAUAAAGCAACGAUUGUUUGUUGGAUUCUUGGACUUGGGUCCCUUGUUGCUUGGAACACUAUGCUAACCAUAGGAGAUUACUACUACAGUUUGUUCCCUAAGAGUUACCAUCCUUCAAGGGUACUAACCCUUGUCUAUCAACCAUUUGCACUCGGGACAAUGGCGUUAUUAGCAUACAAUGAAUCAAAGAUUAAUACUAGAAAGCGGAAUAUAGCUGGAUACACUCUCUUCACAGCAAGUACUUUGAUGCUCUUGGUUCUGGACUUGGCUACAUCAGGCAAAGGAGGAAUUGGAUCUUUCCUUGGCAUAUGUGCUAUAGUUGCUGUUUUUGGAAUUUCAGAUGCUCAUGUUCAAGGUGGAAUGGUUGGAGACUUGUCUUUAAUGUGCCCUGAAUUCAUCCAAUCCUUUCUUGCUGGUUUAGCCGCAGCAGGAGCACUGACCUCUGCUUUGAGGCUAAUUACAAAAGCAGCAUUUGAAAAGGCUAGUCAUGGACUUCGAAAGGGAGUCAUUUUAUUUUUAGCAAUCUCCACUUUGUUGGAGUUUCUAUGUGUUCUAUUGUAUGCAUUUGUCUUCCCUAAACUGCCAAUAGUGAAGUAUUACCGUGCAAAAGCAGCCUCAGAAGGAUCAAAAACUGUUUCAGCUGAUCUUGCAGCAGCAGGACUCCAAACCCAAGAAGCUGACCUCAAACAACUUGAACGGUUGAGCAAUAAAAAACUGUUCUUACAAAAUAUUGAUUAUGCAAUUGACCUGUUUCUGAUAUAUGUGCUGACAUUAUCAAUUUUCCCUGGAUUCUUAUAUGAAAAUACUGGUGAACACAAGUUGGGGGCUUGGUAUCCUCUUGUUCUGAUUGCAAUGUACAAUAUUUUGGAUCUCAUAUCAAGGUACAUUCCCUUGAUUGAAUGCUUGAAAUUGGAGUCUAGAAAAGGCCUAAUGGUGGCAGUUCUUUCACGUUUUCUAUUCAUUCCUGCAUUCUACUUCACUGCAAAAUAUGCUGAUCAGGGAUGGAUGAUCAUGCUCACAUCUGUUCUGGGGCUAACAAAUGGUUAUCUCACUGUGUGUGUCCUCACAGUGGCACCUAAAGGCUACAAGGGACCUGAGCAGAAUGCUCUGGGUAAUUUUCUUGUGGUGUUCUUGUUAGGCGGCAUAUUUGCAGGGGUUUCUCUUGAUUGGCUGUGGCUUAUAGGUAAUGGUUCAUUCUGAGUAGCCAAGUCUGAUGAAGUCUGCAUUUUAAAGGUGGAAAAUAUUGUGUAAAUCAUUGAACAAACGGAUAGGGAAUAAAUGUUUUCUCCCACUAGUAGCUAGCUUCAGCAAAAGGUUCACUUGAUUGUACAUAUUUAUCACAGGAUUCCACGUGGAUUCAUGUUUUGGCUAACAUGUGUUAUAUUGAUUCCCGAUCAUUAAGGACAAUUUCAUUUUUCUUCUUCUUUUUAA